AUGGAGCCAGACGACAAACAAAAGACAGCCCUUGCCACACGUCGUGGACUUUUCCAGUUUAAGGUCAUGCCAUUCGGUUUAUGUUGUGCUCCUGCAACAUUUGAGCGCCUAAUGGAAAGUGUUUUUGCAGGCCUUCACCGGGAUAUCUGUCUUGUUUACCUGGACGACGUGAUAGUGACAGGCAAAACCUUUGAGGAAAUGUUGGCAAGCCUUAGAAGAGUUUUUGACAGACUGCAAAACGCAGGUUUUAAACUAAAAGCCAAGAAAUGCUGCUUGUUUGCCAACAAGGUGACUUACCUUGGACAUGUAGUAUCAGAGAAAGGUGUAGCGACUGACCCAGACAAAACAGCUGCAGUAGAACAGUGGCCUGUGCCUACUAACGCCACUGAGAAUCCAGAAGGACAGCUGGCACGUUGGUUGGAAAUCCUCAGUACUUACAGUUUUGAGAUACAACACCGGCCAGGUAACAGGCCGGAAGAAGUGAGAGCCAUAUCCCAAGCCAGUGAUUCAAGGGACGAUGAUGAUAAUCCAUUGUUAUCUAUGAAAGACAUGCAAGACAAUGAGAUCUCUCUUGUCAAACGAUGGGUCAAGGAGAAGACAAGGCCUGAAAGAUUUGAGGAGGAAGAUGGAAAGACCAUACGCUUGCAGGCUAUUGUACCAAGUAGUCAACGACGGACAAUAUUCGAGUACUGUCAUGAUGUGAGGAUAGCUGCACAUCUUGGUGUGAGCAAGACACUUGCUCGAAUAAGGCAAAAGUUCUACUGGCCUGGUUUACAGGCAGACACCAGAAUGUACAUAGCAGGUUGUGAGAUAUGUUGCAAGAGGAAGAGUCCUCAAAUGAAGAAAUGA